AUGAUUCCCUUCUCUGUUGUCCUUCUCCUGCUGUGUGCCACCCCUCUACCCAUCCCCUCUGUGGCACUGCCCUUUGAGCAGAAGGGCUUCUUGGACUUUGGGAAGAGCAUCGAUGUAGAGGGGCUGAUGAUGAUGAUGAUGAACGAUGAAGAGGAGGGCUCAGCAGUUGAGGAAUACUACAAACCAGAACAGCCUACUUGCCCAUUCGGCUGUCAGUGUAACCAGAAGGUUGUGCAGUGCUCUGACUUGGGUUCACACUAUGUGCCAUAUGACGUCCCCCCGGAGACCAGGCUCUUGGACCUUCAAAGCAACCAGAUCAGAGAGAUAAGAGAGGAUGACUUCAAGGGUCUCAGCAACCUCUAUGCUCUGGUGUUAGUGAAUAACAAGAUCUCCAGGGUGCACCCGCGGGCCUUCAUGCCCCUCAGAAGGAUGCAAAAGCUCUACUUCUCCCACAACCAGUUGACAGCCGUGCCCAAGAACCUGCCCUCCUCUCUGGUGGAGCUCCGUAUCCAUGACAACCACAUCAAGAAGGUGGCGGCUGGUGAUUUCUCUGGCCUGGGCAGCAUGAAUUGCAUUGAGAUGGGGAGGAAUCCUAUUCAGAACAGUGGUUUGGAGCCGGGAGCCUUUGAUGGUCUCAAACUUACCUUCCUUUGCAUUUCUGAGGCAAAACUCACAGGCAUCCCUAAGGAUCUCCCUGAGGGUCUACAUGAGUUGCAUUUGGAUCAGAAUCAAAUUCAAGCCAUUGAACUAGAAGACCUAAGGCAAUAUGAGGGUUUGCACAGGUUGGGUUUAGGCUACAAUCACAUUCGCCACAUUGAGCACGGCAGCCUGGAUUACCUGCAAAACCUGAGAGAGCUGCAUCUAGAGAACAACCGGAUCCCCAAUGUCCCUGGAGGUCUUGCUGGAAUGAAGCAUCUGCAGGUGGUCUACCUUCACUCCAACAACAUCAGCCAGGUUGACAUGAAUGACUUCUGCCCUGAGGGUUUUGGUGUGAAGAAGACUUACUACAACGGGAUCAGUCUCUUUGAUAACCCAAUCAACUCCUGGGAGGUGGUGCCGACCACCUUCCGCUGUGUCAGCAACAGGAUGGCCGUACAGUUUGGCAACCACAAAAAGUAG